AUGACAGGGAGUAGCUUAGGGAUUUUACUGUACAUUGAAGCUGUGUUUGGAAUGGGAUCAGAUCUGUUUUAUUGCUUCUCAUUGUUCCUGUUCUCAAUACCAAUUUCAUUUGGUUUGUGUCCUGAUGGGCAAGCUUUGCUUGCUCUGUCAAAGAACUUGGUGUUGCCAUCCUCCAUUAAAUCAUCUUGGAACUCAUCUGAUCCUAAUCCAUGUGAUUGGUGGAAUGAUUCCGGCUUCCUUGUUUCAGAAUGGGCAUUUGGAGACAGUUUAUCUGAACCAGAACAAACUCACCGGGCCGAUCCCCGCCAGCAUAGGAAAGUUGUCCAGUCUCCAAAUACCUUUGGUUAUCUGAAAAUCAGCUGUCAGGGAAGGAUUCCUCUCAGUUCAAGCAGCUUGCGGGCAGCUGCAAAUGUUCAUAUCGUUCAAUCGUUUCAAGGUGAGAUCCCGGCAUGGCUGGGAAAUUGCAGUAAUUUGACAGUGUUUGCUGUUGUAGGGCAAUCGGCAUAUGAGAACCAGCUUGAAGGCAUUAUUCCAAGAGAAUUGGGUCAGCUGUCUAAUCUCAAAACUCUCCGUCUGUUUACAAACUACUUCACCGGUGAGUUUCCGGUUGAGAUUUGGAGGAUCAAGAGCCUCGAAGAGGUUCUUGUUUACAACAACUCUCUCUCUGGGCUUUUGUCUCCAGUGAUGACUGAACUUAGAAACCUUAAGAAUGUCACUCUUUUCAAUAACCGGUUUAGUGGUGUCAUACCUCAAGGGUUGGGGAUCAACAGUAGUUUAGUGCAAAUUGACUUCACUAAUAAUAAUUUUGUUGGAGGCAUCCCACCAAAUAUCUGUCAUGGGAAACAAUUGGAGGUUUUGAACUUGGGUUAUAAUUUACUCGAAGGUAAUGUGCCUGCCGAUGUCGGGAACUGUUCAAGUCUGAGGAGGCUGAUUCUUAGGAAUAACAAGCUCAGUGGUUCUCUACCUGAUUUUGCUGAGGAUUCAAGCCUGUUGUACAUGGAUUUGAGGGAGAAUAAUUUGAAUGGGCCAUUACCUCCAAGUGUGGUUCCAUUGAGCCUGAAAAACUUGUUGCUUCUGUCUCAACUGAUGCUACAAGGCAAUCAAUUCAGUGGCGGGAUCCCAGAUUUCUUGUCAGGAUUUGAGAUGUUGCUCGAGUGCAGCUUGAUUCCUUCAGAGUUUGCAAAUCUGAAUAGACUACAGACUCUUGAUGUCUCUAACAAUAAUCUGACCGGAGAACUAACUUCAUUGCGUGAUCUUAGUUCAUUGCUCCAGGUGAAUGUUUCAUAUAAUCAGUUCACUGGUUCUUUUGCCGAAAAAUUUGUUAAACUUGUUGGUUUCCUUUCCAAGCUCAUUUCACGGGCAAUGCAGGCCUUUGUUGUCCGAAGGUGA